CUUAAUAAAAAACUAAAAGUAAAACAUUUGUAAUAUUACCGGUGGUAAUAAUGGAAACGUAAUCACGUAUUAAAUAAUUACCAAUUUAUACAAGUUUUCGUAGCGCAAAUGGUAUUUAGGUCUAAUUAGAUUUAAGCACUGUUUUCAUUUUAAAUACGAGUAGUUCCGUUGUACAAGCAUACAACAAAACAAAAAUCUUAAUUAUUUAGUGUUAUUUUGAUAAAAAGUGGUAAUAUACAGUAAAUAGAAGUUUAUUGUGAGAUACAAAUUAUAAAGGUCACCCAGAGUAAAAUUUUAAAGUGCUUCUUGUGUCCCCUUUCCUUGACAGUGCAUCAAAUUGUCAAAUCAAUGUUUUUUGAUUUGAUUGAAAUAAACAUUUCUACUAGAACCGUGUGUAGAGUAGCACUGGUCACUUUGGUAUUACUUUGCUGGUAUCACGUUGUACUUCUAGAUAGGCACUUUAGGACCCCAUAUUUUUGCGGUGAAUUUUAAUUACAGAAACAAAAAUGCCGUUCAGUGCAGACGCAAUCGCUGCACAAAAGGUUCAGGAGCACUUAAAGUCGUUAUACCACGUAGUUCAUGACAUUGAGAAGAAACGCCAACAGAGUGAACAAGGAAUAAACAACAUUGUUAAGUUUCAAAACGGGCAAGAUGAGAAGUCCAGCCAACAUUAUCAGCUGAAACUAAAAAGCCUACACAAGUCAUCUAUUUCGCAAGCUGAGCAAGAGGAGGAUUUACUCCGUCAAGCCCUUCAAAAAAUUGCUGAAAUCCGCAACAUCAAGAACGAACGAAGAAUUCAAGCGCGACACGCCGGAAAUAAGGAAUCGAUUCGUAGAGGCACUUGGAUGAAGAUGUUGAUGAGUUCAGCUCAAACAUUGCCUCUUUUCGUCGGCAAAAUAGACGAAAAACCUCCUGCGCUGUGUGGUGCGACACCUGCUGAUUCAGGCUAUGUGGCAAAAGUGGGCGAUAUGGUCGCAGCAUUGGUUAAAAUUCCAGAUGGAGAUGGCGAAAACUGGAUAUUGGCUGAAGUGUACAGUUACAAUCACGCCACGAAUAAAUACGAAGUUGAUGAUAUUUUGGCGGAACAGAAUCAGAAGCGGCGACAUACUUUGAGCAAAAGAAAUGUAGUACCGCUGCCAUUGAUGCGGGCUAAUCCCGAGACUGACCCAACAGCUUUGUUUCCUCAAGGGACCGUCGUUAUGGCUCUAUAUCCGACUACCAGUUGCUUUUACAAGGGCAUUGUAAAUAAGCCUCCAGCUACACAUACUGAUGAGUAUGAGAUUUUAUUUGAGGAUGCUGCUUAUCCUGAAGGCUACAGUCCGCCCCUGUAUGUGGCUCAACGCUACGUCAUUGCUAUAAAACAGAAGACAAAGCAAACCUGACAUUAUCUUUCAGACAAUAUGUCUGAUUCUGAAACUUCAAGUUUUAUGGAAUAAUGUAUUAGAUAGUAAAAUUAUUCAAGAAUCUCUUUUGUUAUAUUUCACCAAUUUAUUAUUCAUCUUUACAUGUACAUGAAUUUUUUUACAUUUUUGUUAUUUUCUAAUCUAACUUUUAAAAAAAUGGAACUCCUGAAAAAACAGGCUGAAGGUACCUGUAAUGUUGCAACAUUAAAGAUUAUAAAAAAAAAACGAAAAUUGUUCAGACCGCAACAAAACUAUUGUCAAUACCAUUACAACUAUCAAUUUCUCACUCAAUAAACAAAAGAAACUCAUAGUUAUUUUUUUCUUUACUUUCUUCUGACUAUGAAGAAAAAUGAAUUUCCACACACCCACGCAAACACUCGCACAAAUUCAUACAUGUUAGCCUAGAAUCUAAUUUUUACGAGGGGAAAAUGUUUUUAAUUUACAGUUUUUUAACUUCACUUUUUUCUUGUUUCUUUUAUAACUUUUUUUUCUUUAUCCAAAAUAUCAGUGUGAUAGAAUUAUGAGAGGUGUUACUUAAACAAAAAUGUAAUAAUGAUGUUCCUUAUAUUUACCAGGCCCGUCAGUAUGGUGAAAAAUAUCCACCUCGUCUGUAACUCCUAAAAAUGUAGACAUCAGUUCAUUAAGAAACUUCAUAUUUGCUCCAAAUU